CGACGUGACAGUAUACUCUAUAUCCGUUUCCUUUUUUGACGUAACCAUAAACUAACCUCUUUCUUUAUCCGUCAAGCUUUGUGAGCUAAGGCGUAAAAAUGACGAACUCCAAGGGUUACCGCCGCGGUACUAGGGACCUGUUCGCCCGCAGGUUCCGCACACAUGGAACCAUCUCCCUGUCCACGUACAUGAAAGUGUACAAAGUUGGAGACAUCGUCGACAUCAGGGGCAACGGUGCAGUCCAGAAGGGUAUGCCACACAAAGUGUACCACGGAAAGACUGGUCGCGUUUACAACGUCACAGCCCACGCUCUCGGCGUCAUCGUCAACAAGCGAGUACGCGGCAGGAUUCUACCCAAGAGGAUCAACAUCCGCAUUGAGCACGUCAAGCACUCCAAGUGCCGUCAGGACUUCCUCACCCGUGUCAAGGAGAACGAGAGGCUGCUGAAGGAAGCCAAGGCUGCCGGCAAGGUCGCCAAGCUAAAGAGACAGCCCGCACAGCCCAAGCCCGCGCACAUAGUGAGCGGAGACGAGAAGCCCGUGCUCCUCGCCCCCAUCCCCUAUGAGUUUGUAGCUUAAACUGUGUAAUAAACUAUUUUUAAGACA